AUGUUUUUUAUAGGUUUAUUUUUUACAUUGCUUAACUCCACGAUUUACUUUACAAAAAUUGAUCAAAGAAAUUCUUAUAAUGCAGUUAUCAUUUUAUCAAAUAAAUAUCUCUCUGAAGACCCUAGUAUACUUUUUUUUAAAAAAAACAACACUGGAAGAGAAAACAAUGUUGGCACUUUUAUCCUUGCAAAAAAAAUAGAAAAUCUUUAUUUAAAAGGUUUUAAUGAUACUGACCAAGAAAUUAAACGAAUUAAAUGGCUGUGGAUUAAUAAGAAAAAGAAAAAAAAAUCAUUUUAUUACUUAGAAAAUAUCUCUUACUCUUCUUCAAGUUGCUUAAUAAAGAUAGUAAAAAAUAAAAAUACUAUUUUUAAAUCAGAAGAAUUUAAAAUUCCUAAAGUUGUAAAACGUUUGCAAUUGCAAGAUUUAAAUUUACAUGAGGAAAAAACUACUAAACCCAAAACGCCAAAAAAAUUAAAUAACAAUGGGAGUAAUUUUUCUAAAACCAGCACUAUGUCAGACAAAGGAACUAGACUUACAUGGAUAUUUGUAAUUAUUAUUAUAAUUGUACUUGCUAUAAAAUUUUAUCUUGUUUAUUACAAGUGGAAAAGGAACAACAAUCAAUAA